AUGACAGUCGAUAUAAUUGAACCUAUAGCUUCGACCAGUAAAGAUUUAGCGGAAGUUUCAAUAUCUCCUUUGAACAGCAAUACUUCUGAUAAUAUAAAUGUUCAGGAAAUAGAUGCUAUUUGCGAAGAAGACUUUAAUCCGUCCAAAUCCAAAAAAAGUCAUGAGGUCUCUGUAAUUAUAGAAAGUAUUCCUGAUGACAAUGUUAAAGGAAAACGAGACAUGAAUAACAAAUUGCCAACUGUUCUAAAAUCACCUGAUAUUGUCGAAUAUGAUAUUAUUCAACAUAUAGACUGCGAAAACAAUAAUAUAAUACAAACAAACAAAAUAUGUCACAGUGUGCAGAAUAUUCGAAAAUCACCUGAGUUGGAUGAGAGUAAUAAUAUGGAAGAUGAUAAUUUUAGCGGUACUGACAAUGAUUAUAGUCCUUCGGAGGAAGAGUGUAGUGAUUCGGAAGAGUAUGCUUCAAUGGAAAAUUGCGUUCAUUCAGAUCAGGAUUUAUCUCCAGAUAGUGAAUAUGAAGAAGCUACAGAAGAUGACAUUUUAGUCACGGACGAAACAUUACCCGGCACGCAAGCUAAAGAUCACGAUGAGUGGGAAAAUAUAUCGGAAAGUCGAAUAACUUUUAAUGAAUUCGCUGGAGAAUGUACGUUUAAUUUACCCCCGUUUGUGGGAGUUACACCUGAAGAUAUAUACAAGAUGCUUGUUACAGAUGAGAUUAUUGAUAUAAUGGUAUCUGAAACAAAUGCUUACGCACAAAAGUAUAUACAAAUAAAUCAACAAAAUAUGAAACGUAAUUCACGCAUGACAAAAUGGAGUGACACCAGUUCUCAGGAAAUGAGAACAUUUUUGGCUGUUUUAAUGGCAAUGGAAAUGGGUAGAAUCGUAAUAGUAGACAAUUACUACACUUCGUUGGGCCUGGCAGAAGAUCUUCUAUCACAAAAAACAUUUUUAUGUGGAACACUUAAUAAAAUACGGAAAUAUCUGCCAAAGCAAGUUACUAGUUACAAAUUGCAGAAAGGCGAAAUUAUUGGAAAAAUGAACAAAAAGGGCGUAAAGGUAAUGAAAUGGAUGGAUAAACGGAAUGUUUUGAUGUUGACUACGUGCAAAGAUCACGAUGAUAACCUGAUAGAUACUGGAAAAAAGAAGAGAGGAACCGACGAAUGCAUAAAAAAACCGGGAUGUGUUUUGCUGUACAAUAAAACAAAAAAAGGCAUUGACUUUUCUGACCAGAUGUCUUCUUAUUAUACAACUUUGAAGAGAGGAAUCAAAUGGUGGAGAAAAGUUGUAAUGGAGCUAAUAUUUGGUACGGCGCUAAUUAAUGCCUGGAUUGUGUUUAAUUCAAUCCAAACUGAUGGAAAAAAGUUACCAAAAAGACUCUUUGUGGACAAACUUAUAGAAUCUUUAAUAAAAAAGGAAAUCGAUGAGACCCCAAGUAAUGUAAUGCUUAGAUAUAUUUCU